CCAGCCUGCAGCUGCCAGUCCCUGUGCUGCCUAUGGAGCUGAGGCCAGCCUGCUGUGUGCCCAGCCCCUGCCCAGUGUCUGUGUGCGUGACUGUGAGUCGCAGGCCCGCCAUGUGCAUGCCCGUGAGCUGCAGGCCUGCCAUGUGUGUGCCC